AUGGAUUGGCAUUUUCAACCUGAAUGGAUCCUUAAGCAACGUGGCCUAAACGGUCAGGAUAAGCGGCAAGCAAGAUAUCCCCCAAGAGCCGGUGGUUAUCCAAGAAAAGCAUAUGGUCCUCCACAAACUGGUGGUCCGAGACCUGGAUCUUUUUCUGGAGCUUUGAAUGGGGCAGGUCCCCAGAAGGAGGAACCAACCACACGUGACCCCUUAUCAGUCCUCCUGGGCGAUUCCAAGUUUGCCUGCAGUGGAAAGAACGACGGAUACUACGCUGAUAACAGUGUUGACUGUCGAGCGUUCCAUUAUUGUGUGGGGGGUUCCAAGCAUUCUUGGAUGUGCCCAGCAGGAACAGUGUUCCACCAGGUUCACUUGAACUGUGUUCCAUCCAGUCAGGAUAUUUGUUCCCAGUCAGAAAAAUACCACGUGGUUAAUGAUUACCUAUAUAAGCCUCUUGAACAGAAAGGCCCAAAUAACACUGUGCUCUACCAUCAAAGGUACUAUCCAGAAAACUUCUUGUACGGGGGUCAAGCACCACAACAACCUGCACCACAGGAGGGUAAUGCUGCCCCUCAUGAUCAAGGGUAUCCUGGUUAUCAAUAUGGUGGGGCUCCACAACAGCAGGGACAACCUCAACCCGCUGCCCCUCAGAAUCAAGGAUAUCCUGGUUAUCAAUAUGGUGGGGCUCCACAACAGCAGGGACAGGCUCAACCCGCUGCCCCAAGUGGUCCCCCAUCUUAUGGCCCACCUCCUCCUCGGAGUGCCCCACCUCCACAGCAAGGUCACAAUUCGCCUUCUCCAGGACAAUUCCCAAACUUUCCCAAACUUCCAGAAGGUUUUCCACAGUUUUCAGGAGUUCCUCAUGAUUCCGGUUCUGGUGCUCCUCAUGGUCAGCCGCCGGCAGCCCCUAGAGGCCCUCCUUCUUUUGGUCCUCAGCCUCACGUUCCUUCUGCUAACCCAGCUCAUAUCGGAGGUGCCCCAUCUCCACAACAAGGUCAUGGUUUGGGAUCCUACAAUUCGCCUUCUUCAGGACAAUUCCCAAACUUUCCUCAAUUGCCAGCAGGCUUUCCACAGUUUCCAGGUAGUCCUCCUCAAAGUUCCAGUGGACCUUCUCAGCAAGGAAGUUCUUAUGGAGCACCCCCUGGUGGUAGAGCUCCCCAACAAUACGGAGGAGUAAAAUAUUAGACACAAAGGAUAAAUACUUUACAAUUUCUGAAGGAGCAACUAAAAAAUAUUAACAACAAAUUUUCAAUCUCAAAGUUUUCUUAACAUUUAAAGACUAUCGAUCUAACGUAUUCACAAUUUACCUGAAAAUGUAUAAAUAUUUCAUUGACAGAUUUGUUUUAAAACUAUUUAUGUUAAUUUAUACUUUUCAAACUAUGUCGAAAAGACAAGAACAACCGGAAAUAAAAGAAAAGAUAAUAUAAUAAUGAAACUAAAAUGUGGCAACUCUCGCUAUACAAUUAAUCUUUUUUUUAUAUUUAGUUUUUGGAAAGUGUAACGUAAAUUAAUGGACUACUAUUUUCUUCCUUCUGCCGGCAGCUUUCUAUUACAGUUGAACAGAGCCAAAGUAAGUUUUGGAAAAGAUUGAAAGUCGUCUUCUGUUAUGAAGAAAAUCGUCCAAAAAUAUGUGGCAAAACUAGAGUAUAGUGAAAAAAUUAAAAGGGGAGAUAACGCAAAAUUAUAUUUUUUUGUAAAAGUGUGAAAAUAGUAACUUAUGUUAUUUUUCAUAUUUAGAUUUAAUGUUAAGUUAUUCUAGUUUCUUUAACAUUUCAGUUUAGACAUUUAGUCCCCGAUAGAAACCUUUUUUUCCGCUGCCAUAUGUUAUGAAACGAAUAACUUCUAUGUAAAAUGCCAAACCACCUUAAAAGAAACAUAAAUUCUGUUUUAUCUCAUGUUAACAAUUUGAAUUGGCUUUAUCGAAUCUUUAACAACUUACUGCUUUUCCCUGAUGCUGUUAAAAUUGCUGUGGAAUUCAAAAAGUCGAUAUAGUGUUACCUAAA